AAGUGGUAGAUAAAACUCUGAUGUAAGAGCUCACCAAAUGGAGAUUUGGAUCUUGCUCGGCCCUGCUCAUCUGUUGACGAGGUCUUGGGGCAAGCUCGAGGAAAACACUGAUGUAAGAGCUCACCAAAUGGAGAUUUGGAUCUUGCUCGGCCCUGCUCAUCUGUUGACGAGGUCUUGGGGCAAGCUCGAGGAAAACACUGAUGUAAGAGCUCACCAAAUGGAGAUUUGGAUCUUGCUCGGCCCUGCCCAUCUAUUGACGAGGUCUUGGGGCAAGCUCAAGGAAAACACUAAUGUAAGAGCUCACCAAAUGGAGAUUUGGGUCUUGCUCGGCCCUGCUCAUCUGUUGACGAGGUCGACCUUGGGUAAGAUAUUUGCAUCUCUGCAGCUCGUGCUCGAGCAGGUUGCAUGCAGCUCGUGUUCCACAUCUUUUAGCUCGACCUCGGUUAGGAUGCUUGCAGCUCGGCAUCUCCAGCUUGUGCUUGAGUUCUGCAUCGUGCUUUUGAGCUUGGCAGCUCGUGAGCUCAUGCUUGAGUUCUGCAUCAUGCGUUUGAGCUCGGCAGCUCGUGAGCUCGUGUUUGAUCAAGAUGCAGCUCAGCUGAGCUACUCUGCCUUGUCGAGCUGGGCUGCUGUGCUGCCACCAAGUUGGUCAGCCUUGUCGAGCUGGACUGCUUUGGUGCCGUCGAGCUGGGCUGCUGUGAUGCUACCGAGCUGGGCUGCUGUGAUGCUGCCGAGCUGGACCCUUGACGAGCUGGACUGCUUUGCUGCUGCCAAGCUGGGCUGUUAUGUUGCUGCCGAGCUGGACUACUUUGCCACCGAGCUUUCAUGGUCCUGUGCUCACACUCUUGCAUCAUGGCUUCCUCUCACUGUCUCAAGCCGAGUCUUUUAUGCUUGCAGCUCGUGCUUGUGCAAGGAUUUCGCAGCUUGUGCCCGAGCAUUUCGCAGUUCGGACUCCCGCAUUUCCCAUCUCGGACUUCUGCUAUUCGCAACUCGUGUUUCAGCAAGGAGCAUUGUUGAGUCUGCUCGAAGAUUUGUUGUGGAGCAUUGUCGUGUUUCAGCAAAGAGCAUUGUCGGGUCUGUUCGCAGCUUGUGCUCGAACAUGGCAACAUUGUCGGGUUUGCUCGAAGAUUUGUUGUGGAGCUUAAUUACCUUUUUCUCCCCAUUAAGAUCGCCAUGUUUGCUAACUUGUUUUUCUAAGAAUUCUCAUCUUAACUCCUUUUAUUCUAGAGUUCACACGGAUGUGGAAGUGCCACUUCAACCUGCAACUUUUACCAAAAGCCUAUAACACAUAUUUGAUGUGUUUUGUUGUGGGUUGUUGAGUAUCCACGUGUAAAAAAGUUUCCAAAGCUUAUUUAUGAACCGAAUGAAAUCUAGCUUCUCCUCUUGUUUCUUGUCACAAAUGGAUCUGCAGAUCUGGGGAGAAGCUAGAUCUGCAAUGACAGCAAAGCAAGAAAGCUUUUUAUUCAGG